AUGAUAUUAGACAGCCGUUGUGAGUCCAUUGACAAUUUCACGGCUGAGUCAGAGGGCUUCUACUUGAGACGGCCCUUUGUAGGAGCUCGGCAGUCGGAGAUCGAGCGGCUGUUCGACCGUUACGGUCGGAUCUCACGGGUGGACAUGAAGACUGGCUUCGCGUUUGUCUACAUGGAUGACGAGCGCGACGGUGAUGAUGCCAUCCGCGCGUUAGACGGUAUGGAGUUCGGUAGGCAGCGCCGACGCCUUCGCGUUGAAUGGGCAAGGGGUGAAGGCCCGGUGAAGCAAAGGGAGGUGGAGCGUAGGAACUCCAGGCCUUCGAAAACCCUUUUCGUUGUGAAUUUUGACCCCAUUAAUACCCGAACACGGGACUUGGAGAGGCACUUCGAGCCAUAUGGCAAACUCGUUCGAGUCCAGAUUCGCAAGAACUUUGCGUUUGUGCAAUAUGAGACCAUUGAGGAAGCUGAAAAGGCAGUUAAAGAAACUGAUGGAAGCUCCGUGGAUGGUCGUCAAAUUACUGUAGAGUUUGCUGCCAGAGAGGACAGCUUUGACGAUGACAGGCCUGCUCGCCGAGGCAGCCCUGACUAUGGCCGCAGAGGCAGCCCAGAUUAUGGCAGGGGCAGGGGCAGGGGCAGCCCAGACUAUGGCCGCUACGGAAGGUGCGUAAAGCUGCGGACAUUCGUGACACUGUCCGAUACGACUUUUCAAUGA